AUGGGUGAUGUCAAAGUAUUCAAUGGCAAGAAGAAACAAAUCUUGUUGAAUGCAUUCGAUAUGUCAACAGUAGGACAUUUGUCCCCUGGGCAAUGGAAGAAUCCGAAAGACAAAUCGGCCACGAAGCGGAAUCUCAAUUACUGGAUCGACUUGGCGAAGUUGCUGGAACGUGGCGGUAUCAACGCCUUGUUCCUGGCGGAUACUACCGGAGCACACGAUACCUACCAGGGCAGUGCAGAUGAAUGUAUUCGGCGUGCUGCUCAAUGGCCAAUGACAGAUCCAACUAUUCCAAUCUCUGCCAUGGCCGCAGUGACCAAGAACCUUGCCUUUGGUAUAACAGCCUCCACGUCAUUCGAGCAGCCGUUCUUGCUUGCCAAAAGAUUUUCUACCUUGGACCACUUGACCAAUGGGAGAAUUGGCUGGAACGUUGUCACGUCAUAUAAGAAAGCCGCUUUCAAAGCCAUUGGUCUUGACAGUCCGAUCGAACACGAGGAGCGGUAUCGCCAAGCUGACGAGUAUUUGAGAGUCCUCUAUAAGCUCUGGGAAAGCUCAUGGGCACCAGAUGCACUCUCGCCCAAUCCAGAAACCGACUCAUACAUCGAUCCUGAGAAGGUCCGCACAAUCAAACACAAGGGAAAGUACUUCUCUUUGAAUACCAGACACAUUGUCGACCCGUCUCCUCAGCGCACACCGUUUCUCUUCCAAGCAGGCACCUCACCCGCUGGGGCAACCUUUGCCUCAACCCACGCAGAAGCUAUAUUUGUUUCCUCCCACUCACCCGAGAUUCUUCGGCCCAAGAUUGAGAAAAUACGCAAACAAGCAGCGGAGCUAGGUCGUGACCCCCAAUCAAUCAAAUUCUUUGGCACAUUCACACCCAUCGUGGGACGAACCGACGAAGAAGCACAGGAGAAAUACGAAGAACUCAAGAAAUACGCUUCAGUAAUCGGUGGACUAGUUCUCUUCAGUGGCUGGACAGGCAUCGAUAUUUCCAAGAUUCCCUUGGAUCAAGAAAUUACGACAGCUGACUCGCUGGAGGCUGGAAGGAUAACCAGUCUCCUUGACUCUCUACUCAAGACAAGCCAGGAUGUUCCACGUUGGACGCCUCGCAUCGUCGCGGAGAAAGCAGCCAUUGGUGGCCUUGGACCACUGGCCAUUGGGAGCCCGCAAACUGUUGCGGAUGAGAUGGAACGUUGGGUUCGCGAGGCAGACCUGGAUGGUUUCAAUAUUGGCUAUGUGACCACACCGGGUACUUUUGAGGACCUGGUUGAUUUGGUUAUUCCGGAAUUGCGGAAACGUGGUCUCUACCCUGAGGCUCUGGCUGAAUCUGACGAGCCUCUAACUGCUCGCGAGAAGAUCUAUGGUCAGGGCCAGAAGGAGUUGCGUGAUGAUCACCCGGGGACUCGGUACAAAUACGAUGUGUACCAGGAAGAUCCCCCGUAUGUCGAAGAAUAG